AUGGAAGUCGUCGCAUGGUUUGCUGUUUGUCAGUUUGGUUGUAAAUUAGAAGGUGGCUUUGUUCGUGACUGGAUUGCAGGUGACUACAUUCAAAGGCCAGAGGGAAAACACGCUGAUCCGUCCACAUGGAUUUCUCGUACACCUAAUGCGGCAGGAGUACAAGUACCUAUUAUAAACAAUGCAGUAACUCCAGCUGAUUUGGAUUGUCAUUUAUCGGCAUUUAAAUAUUUCGAUAUCGACAAAUUUUUAGAUGCCAUGCACAAAUAUCAAAUUGAAUGUGAAGUUAUCCGUGAACAAUGGAGAUAUAUACUGCUGUUUGACGAGCACGCCAAAACUGGGCCAUUCAUGAUGGACUUGAUAGAGCCACACGUGGCACUAACUCACGAUCGUAUAGAUUUCGAUGUGAAUAAUCUAUCGCUUGAAAAAGAUUAUACCAAAGAACUGGGUAUGCGAGUGGACAUAGAAAAUGUACCCUAUUCAAUCGAAUUGGAAACAAUUGUCGAUCGUAUUCGUCGUAAAGAGCUAAAAAUUCUCCGUCCAAGUGAUGACCUCCUUGAACAACGACUCAACAAAAUGGUAGAGGUUCGUCAUUGGUCUGUGAAAAAUCCGCCUGUGUAUGUUAUUCCGAAGCCACCAAACAAAUAUUUAGUAGCUCUUGCUUCAUUACCACCAUCAUCGGAUCUCUAUAAGGAUCUUGUGAAACGAUUGCAAGUCAUUCCUAAUAUACAAAUAAUAAAAAUUGAACUAAUCAGAAAUCCUGGAACAGAAGAUCUUUACCUUGGAAUGAAAAAACUGAUUCAAAAACAGUUGAACAAUGGAAAUGUGAAUGAAAAAAAAUUAUUUCAUGGAACAACAGGCAAAGGAAUUGAUGGCAUUCGAGAUUACGGCUACGAUAAUCGAUAUUAUGGAGCAAAUACUGCAAAAGGAGACUGGGGUGAGUAUAUCAGGCGUUGUCUUUCAAAAACGUUUGUAGUGAUUGACCAGACUUAAGACAGUAAAAAACUUUUUCUCAGAUAAGCAACUGAAAAGCGAGAAAGUUGUUGUUUUACUUUUUAAAGUUUCGUGCAGUUGAUCAAAAUCGUUUCAUAGAUCCUUUCGAAAGGAAUACUAGUUCAUUUUUUAAAACAUUUUUAGUACAAUCUGUGGAGGAUUUAAAUGUGAAACAUAAUUCUGCUGUUACGACCGAUCGUAUUUCAUAGAAGACUUUGAUCAUAGAUGAGCACAAGGCAGUAGAACUGUCCUGUCCUCUGAUCAGCACUGAUUUCAAUGCAAAUCUAUGAGAAAUGAUAGGACUUAUUGAAUUUAUGUUAAUAAGUUCAUUUCAAUCCAACAGAUAAACUGUAGCGAAAAUCGUCUAGAAAUCAGAAGUAUUUAGUGGUAUCGAUUCCGACAUCUCUAGAACGUUGUUCAUUUAUAUGGCUUUAGCGAUGAGAUGACGGACUUCCUUGUUAUACACGGACUUUUAUGCUUUUGAGAUUUCACAAAAUGUAAUUACUACGAAAUGAAAUAGUCUAUUGUGAGACGCAGUAGUUCCUUUGCAACUUAUAUUUUAAUAUUUCUCAUAUAGUUUGCAGAAGAUAAAUGCUCCUAUGUAGUGAUAUCUUUAGAGCUCUAAUAGAUCUAUCGAUUAUAUAUUCUAAAGGCUUUUGGAAAAUUCGAUCAUCCUGAUAGUGCAUAUAUUAAUCUGAUUUUUCUUCAAUAGGGCAUGGAACAUAUUUUUCUCCUAAUCCAGGCUCACACCCUCAUUUACACACAACAUCAAAUGAUCAAGAUCAACCACGUGUCUUGUAUUAUAACAAAGUAUUACUGGGCAGAAUAUACGAAAUGAAUAAACUCGACAGAGAACUUCAAUCAGCUCCAGUGAACUUUCAUUCAGUCCAUGGCAAACAUCCUGGGCGACCAGACGACGACGAAUACAUUAUUUAUUGGUACGGACAAGCAUUACCAUAUUUAAAAAUAACCUAUAAAGUGUGAACCUUAAAAUUUCAUCGAAGAAUUGAUAGCGAUGUCGCAUAUGUAUAAAUGUUUUCAAGAGAAACCACCACUAGUACACUUAUUACUGCUGCUCACAUUUUUUUGUUUGUUUAAAUGUGUAAACUAAUUUUUGAAAUAUUUCUUCUUUUUUAAUAAACAAGACAACAUUCAUCGCAAUGAUUGAACUUGACCCUUGACUGAAUCUUAUCUAUUUAUCAUCUGCUCCUUAUUCUAGAAGUACGCAAAAUAUAAAUGAUCGAACAAAAAGAAAUUCCGAUGAGAAGACUAAGGAUCACUGUAACAGUGGAUGCUCAGUACUACUCAAUAGUAAAACCAGAAAAAGUGGUAGGUGCUCCAUAUGAGCAAAAGAAAGACUAGAGAAUUGAUACUUUGUGAUUAUCUUUAUGUUUCCUAGACAAAUAAUCUUAGCAAUGCUCAUGAUGAUAACGACGAUGAAAACAAUUCAGAGAUUCUAAAUGGUAAUGAUAGUGAAGCAUCACAGACCUAGGUCGAACAUGCAUGCUCGUAAAGAACCGUUUACGAAGAAAAACGGACAUAUACGGAGGGCGUGCGCGGCUUACAUCUACGGCGGGUGUAUACGGAGCGAUACGGUGAAAAACGGAUUCCGUAUGCGAAGGUCGUACAAAAUGUAGAGUGAUUAAAGGGUAAACAUUUGUGCUCCGUAUAUCACCGUCUGCAAUCGUAUCGGGUCGUAUAUGGCUACCGCAACCGUACAAUUUAGUGAACUGUAACUAUUUUAGUUUAUUUUAUUUUUUCGAAUGUAUUUUAGGUCAUCUAAUAGGAUAAAAUCACUGGUAAAUUGGUGACGCUAGUGCGUGUAGUAUACAGAAUUGGGUGUGGGUGUGGGGGUGGGGUGUGGGUGUGGGUGUGGGCGGGGGUGUGGGUGGGGGGGGGGGGGGGGGGGGGGGGGG